AUGAUGUAUGGCAGCACCCACAGCAAGAUAGACUUGGCAAUUGAAUACCAAGCGCAGAUACCCGUACUGAGGCCAAGCAUUCGUGCAAGACGGGCAAAUAUAACGGUCAAAUUUCAAGAUCUGUAUGGUUUCACAAUGGAAGGCAAUGUGGAUGAUGUCAAUGUUUUGAAUGAGGUGACAGAAAAGGUGAGGGAACAAGGCAGGGUAUGGUGGUCAUUAGAGGCUAGCAAAGGUGUAAAUUGGUAUUUGCAGACUCAAUCCACCUCAACCCUCAAAACUUCCCUCAAAUUUUCUGUCUUGGUCAAUGCUAUAACGCUAAAGAGGCUAAUUAGGAAGGGUAUCCCACCAAGCUUGAGGCCAAAGGUCUGGUUUUCCUUAUUGGGGGCUGCCAAGAAGAAGUCCACCGUUCCUGAGAGCUAUUACAAUGAUUUGACAGGUGCAGUCGAGGAUAAGGUCACCCCGGCCACGAAACAGAUUGAUCAUGUACCGAAUGUUGCAAUUUCUUCGCAUUGUAAUUCUGAAACAGUAUCUAAAACAUUUGAAAAAUGCACGACACUUCCUUCUCAACAAGCCUCAAUCUCGUGGACUUUCCAUCCACACAACGCCACCCUCGAUCUCGUCUUCUUUGGUAGCUUCAUAUCUCCUUCAGGUUGGGUUGGAUUUGGAAUUAAUCCGAUUUCUCCUGAAAUGACAGGAACGCGAGCUUUGAUCGCUUUCCCAGACCCCAACUCGGGACAACUAGUCCUACUACCUUACAUUCUAGAUCCCACCGUAAAACUCCAAAGAACACCGCUCCUUUCCCGUCCCCUUGACAUACACCUCCUCUCCUCCUCCGCCACCUUAUAUGGUGGUCGUAUGGCCACCAUACAUGAUGGUGCAACUAUUCAAAUAUAUGCGACAUUCAAACUCGUCCCAAAUAAAACGAAGAUCCACUAUGUAUGGAAUCGCGGAUUAUAUGUUCAAGGUUACUCCCCAACUAUACAUCAAACUGCAAUCAAUGAUCUUUCAUCCAUAGCCACAAUAGAUGUCCUCUCUGCAACUACAGCCAAGACACACACCAACAAUAUCAGGACACUGAAAAUCAUUCAUGGCGUCAUAAACUCAAUUUCUUGGGGAAUCUUACUUCCAAUAGGAGCUGUAACUGCGCGAUAUUUAAGACAUAUACAAGCUUUAGGGCCUGCAUGGUUUUAUGCACAUGCUGGAGUGCAACUUUUUGCAGUUUUCUUAGGAACUGUAGGAUUUUCUAUUGGAAUUAGGCUAGGGGAAUUGUCACCUGGACGGGUUUACGGGCUUCAUCAGAAACUCGGAUACGCAGCAUUCUGCCUCGGGUGGCUUCAAACACUGGCUCUGUUGUUUAGGCCUAAAACAACAAAUAAAUUCAGGAAGUAUUGGAAAUCAUACCAUCAUUUUGUAGGGUAUGCUUGUGUGGUAUUGGGGGUUGUUAAUUGUUUUCAGGGAUUCCAAGUGAUGGGAGAAAGCAGGUCUUAUGCUCUGUUGGCAUACUGUCUGUGCUUGUCUACUCUCAUAGGCAUUUGCAUUGCUUUGGAAGUGAAUUCUUGGGUUAUUUUCUGUAGAAAAUCCAAGGAAGAUAAAUUAAGGAGAGAAGGGCUAAUUGGAAUUGGAGGUUCUGAUCAGAAAGGCAGCGGAUCAAGUCAUGGAUGA